AUGUCGAGAGAAAACACCACUAGAAGUUUGGACAGCAUAGACCUUUCUGCACUGAGAGAUCCCGCAGGUAUUUUUGAGCUGGUGGAGGUGGUAGGCAAUGGAACCUACGGUCAAGUGUACAAGGGUCGUCAUGUCAAAACCGGCCAAAUGGCAGCGAUCAAAGUCAUGGAAGUCACAGAGGAGGAAGAAGAGGAAAUAAAGCUGGAGAUCAACAUGUUAAAGAGUUAUUCCCACCAUAGAAACAUUGCUACCUAUUAUGGAGCUUUUGUUAAGAAAAGUCCUGCUGGACAGGACCAUCAGCUCUGGCUGGUGAUGGAGUACUGUGGAGCUGGCUCGGUGACAGACUUGGUAAAAAAAACAAAGGGUAACUGUCUGAAAGAGGACUGGAUUGCAUACAUCUGCCGAGAGGUGCUCAGGGGUCUUUCCCAUCUCCAUUCCCAUCAUGUGAUUCACAGGGACAUUAAGGGACAGAAUGUUUUGCUUACAGAGAAUGCCGAAGUAAAACUUGUGGAUUUUGGGGUUUCCGCGCAAUUAGACAAGACGAUUGGUCGACGAAAUACCUUCAUAGGAACUCCCUAUUGGAUGGCACCAGAGGUCAUUGCAUGUGAUGAGAAUCCAGAAGCCACAUAUGACUACAGGAGUGACCUCUGGUCUUUAGGCAUCACUGCUUUAGAGAUGGCAGAAGGAGCCCCUCCUCUGUGUGACAUGCAUCCUAUGAGAGCUCUGUUUCUUAUUCCACGCAACCCUCCACCAAGGCUUAAAUCUAAAAAAUGGUCCAAGCGCUUUCUGUCAUUUAUUGAUACCUGUCUAGUCAAGAACCACCUCCACCGACCCACAACGGACGUCCUGCUGAGGCAUGCCUUUAUAAGAGAUUUGACUAAUGAAAGACAAGUUCGCAUCAUGCUCAAAGAUCACCUUGACAGAACCAGAAAGAAAAAGGAGAAAGAUGGCCCAGAGUACGAGUACAGUGGAAGUGAAGAGGAAGAAGAUGAGAUCACAGAGGAGGAAGGAGAGCCAAGCUCCAUCGUGAAUGUUCCUGGCGAAUGGACACUACGGCGGGAGUUUCUGCGUUUACAGACAGAAGAUCGAGAAGAGUGCAGGCAGAGGAGCCACAGAGUUGGUGUAGAUCAGCAGAGACAACAGCAAAUAGUAGAGCAAGAAUUAUACAAGCAGCAAUUACUCGCUGAUAGACAGAGGAGGAUUCAACAGCAACUUGAAAAACGACAAAUUUUAGAAGACGAACAGAUGCGAAAGUUGUCUGAUGCUGCCUUGCAGUGGGCAGAACUACAAGAACUUAUGCUUGGGGAGGAAUCUGAAAACCAUGACAAUAGAAUCUUAAAGAAGGACAAAUACCAGAGAAAUGACAGAACGCAGGACCAGUGGAUUGCUGAUGUGUCUAUUAGACCUCUGGACUCGGAGCAGAGAGCAGUGGUUCCAAACCAGCUGCUUCAGCUUAAAGCCAAGCAGUCUCAGCUUCAUCUUCAGUCAUCAGCCAAACCCCAGCCUCUGAGCCAGCAUCAGCAGCCCUCGUCGGGCAGGAGAUCCCACCGCACCCUGCCUAAAGACCAAACGCAGCUCCUGUCCCUGCAGCAUGACCACAGACACAGGGAAAGAGAGCGGGACAGGGAGAAGCAAAGAGAAAAGCCAGAGGCAUCUGUCCAAAAGCUAAUGGCUAACAGCGGGAACACAGGCGCUCCUGCCGCUACCACUGCUGCUUCCUUGUCCAGCUGCCCCACAAACUGUCAGCGCUCAGCGAUGGACCAGGAUUCAAAUUUAGCCAAGAUGCUUUUAGCUGCUGGCUUGCCCAGUGUGAUGCAGUCAAGGCUAGGCUCUGGUAGCAGUUCUAGUCCUUGUACCCCAGCCAUGCAAAGAGCUCACAUCAACCAGAAUGCCAAUUUGCACUCGAGUCGAGUUGCCUCUCACAGCAGCUCUUUGUCAAAUAUGGCUAUCUCAGCAUUGUCCCCUUUCACGCCUGUGUCACCCUCUGAUGAUGUCUUCUGGGACUCUGAGACGCCACCCAAGGUCCCUGAACGUACUACCUCUAAGUUCUACUGCAGAGAACUGGUGAAAGCACACAAGAGGGCUGCUUCCAGUGGCAGCCCUGUACUCAUGACAGAUAAAGGUUUCAGGUCUGUGUCUCAUGGGGUGUCUGUCAGCAUUAAUCAUUCAGACAACUUCAAGCUGGAGAGUCCACGUAUGCAACAGCGUCUUCAGCAGCACAGACGGCAGCAGAAGGACAUCACUGGCAGACAUUUACAAAGUGUCAAGACAGUUCUGAGCCCGUUCAACAAGGCCACAGAAUACUCCUCCUCCAGCGACGAAUUUGGGAGUAGCGAUGAAGAAGAGAGGAACAGUUGUGGCUUACCCAGUGAAAAGGGAAAUAAAUGCCGAAAACAAAUACCAGAUGGCAUUGUGCUGCAGCCUCAUCACAAUCUUAACCAGUGAUUUUUGUGUGCUCCAUAAAUUCCUCAGAUGACAGCAAGUGAUACCUACAUGCUGCCAGACCUUUUACAGAAAAUCUCUUCAUCAAGUCCUUCGUGUAAUGCACUAAGCCAGCAGCAGUGGAUGCGAGAACAAAGUUACACACAGUCACCCACGGCCCCUCGAUCCCCCACACGGGGUGAAAUGACUAUUUUUUCAAGUCCAGGGAGUAAAAGCUCAUCUUCCUCUUUCUUCUCCUUGAUCGAUCCAAGAUUGAUCCCAAUAUCUUCACCACCACAAAGCCCAACGUGUGGCAAAGGAGAACCAAUCAAGAGAGAGAACCACAGGAAGGGCUCUGUUGUGAAUGUGAACCCAACUAAUAUUCGGCCACAGAGUGAAAGUCCUGAGAUUCGCAAAUACAAGAAGAAAUUCACCACUGAAGUGCUCUGUGCUGGACUUUGGGGAGUGAAUUUGUUGGUGGGAACAGAAAAUGGCCUUUGGCUGCUGGACCGAAGUGGUCAGGGGAAGGUCUAUUCACUCAUUAGCAGAAGAAGGUUUCAGCAAAUGGAUGUGCUUGAAGGACUCAAUGUGCUCAUUACUAUAUCAGGUAAAAAGAACAAGCUGAGACUUUACUACCUUUCCUGGCUAAGAAAUAAAAUCCUCCGAAAUGACCCGGAAGUGGAGAAGAGGCAGGGUUGGACAUCUGUUGGGGAUUUGGAAGGUGCUAUCCACUAUAAAGUGGUGCGUUACGAGAAGAUCAAGUUCCUUGUAAUAGCUUUGAAGAAUGCAGUGGAGGUUUAUGCCUGGGCGCCCAAGCCCUACCAUAAGUUCAUGGCCUUUAAGUCCUUUAGGUCUUUACCACAAAAGCCAUUGUCUGUGGAUCUGACAGUGGAGGAAGGUCAAAGGUUAAAGGUCAUCUAUGGUUCCUCGUCUGGUUUUCAUGCAAUUGAUGUAGAUUCUGGUACGCCGUAUGACCUCUACCUGCCCACACAUAUCCAAGGUUCAAUCCAUCCACAUGCCAUCAUUAUUUUGCCAAACAGUGCCGGAACAGAGGUUCUUGUUUGCUACGAAGAUGAAGGCGUCUACAUUGACACUUACGGCCGCAUCACCAAGGAUACUGUGUUGCAAUGGGGAGAGAUGCCUGCAUCUGUCGCCUACCUCCAAUCCAAUCAAGUGAUGGGAUGGGGAGAGAAGGCCAUCGAGCUCCGGUCUGCCAACACAGGAAACCUGGAGGGAGUUUUCAUGCACAAAAGGGCCCAGAAACUCAAAUUCUUAUGUGAAAGGAAUGACAAGGUCUUCUUUGCAUCAGUACAGUCAGGAGGCAGCAGUCAAAUUUACUUUAUGACAUUGGGUCAGAACUCUCUCUUCAACUGGUAA